AUGGUUUCACCUUUCGUGUCCACGUUCUCGCACUCGGGGGAGCGAGUGCCCUUAAUCCACGACGCGAACAACAACAUUAAAAGCGACGAGGAAGAGGCAAAGAAUGACGACGCGAAGAUGAAGACCACCACUUUUACCACCGCGUUCGCUUUCGUCGCCUUUUUAUCGGCGUGCGCGUUCGCCGUUUCUUCCCUUCGGGGAAACAAAGGUUCGUCUGGUGUGUCUUUGCUCGGUUCGUCACAGUCGCAAUCGGCGAAGGAAACGAUCACGCUCGUCACCGGAUGCUCCCCGAGAGAUUUAAUCUACAGCUUAGAUUUCGACCCAAGCACGUGGACCGGGAAAGUCGGGGCGAAAUUAAUCACCUCGGGAAUGUCCAGCGAGUUUCUCUACGAAAAAGCUUUAGAUAUGACGGAAGUCGCGUGCGGCGUGUACAGCGCGGAAUACGCCAUGGCACCGAACGCGACGUUUGGGUUUUUCUUGUACCAAGUUGGAAAUUCGACGACGAAAUAUAUGUCCGAUAUUGGCGCGCAAGUUGAAAACGGGCCGAUUAAGCAAUCGGAGAUUGCCGCGCACGCGUGGGCGAACCAAAAUCAGGCGAGUUUGGAGAACCAUUUAGAUUCGAGCGGGACUUUAGAGCAAGGCGAGAUUACUGAUGCGGAGGAAGACGUGCAGUAUUCCGAUUUGGCCGCGUACAGAGCGGCCGUGGAAAGCGGACACGUUGACAAAAACGGACACUUGGUGACAGAAGCCGAUCCGGAGAACAUCAAGAUGGCGCCGCAGAUGCCGGCGGGAUACGGGCAAACCGAAUAUUACGAUUGGGGCGCGUGGUUGAAAUACAUCGUUCACGGGGUCGAACACGCUGAAAACCAAAUCGAAUGCGAUCCGAGCGCAAACACGUGCACGUUACAGCACUGCUCGAAGUGGCAGUGCACGGAUUACACUAAGCCGUGUCAAGAAGGCAUCACCGGUUGCACGCACCCGAAAGAUUUCAUGAGCGAGGCGAAAUUGGGAAGGUUAGGCACCGUGAAGAGGUACAAGAACCCGAAAUCGAUGCCAGCGAGAAGAGAAAAGAGGGAGUGGGCGCCAAAAGAGGUGAGAGAGUUGAAGAAGAAGAAGAAGAGUUCUUCAGAGACUGUUCCUUCCGCUUCUUCGUCGACUUUGAAGACUUUGAAAAAGCACGGCAUCGAGCAAGUCGGGGAGCGCGUCAUUUUAAAAUCCGCGCCUUCUUCGUCGACAAAGGCCACAAAGAAGUCACGCAGUCACUCAAAAACAAAAGUUGUCGUCGAUGAAUACGAGCAACCGUCAGAAGACAUCGUCGAAACGAUUGUUGAAGACAUCGCAGAAGACGUCAUCGUGCCAACUUCUAACGUCGCGGCGAGAGCUUUCCACUGGGACAAAUCCGCGGCUGGAAGUCGAUCCGUUCGAAGAGCGUUGCAAUCGUUUCCGUCGAUCAAGAACGGGAUGUUUUCGUACACUCCAGCGCACACGACGCAAUCAACGCCGCAGCUUGGUUUAGGUCGACUGUACCCGUCGAGUUUGAUCAACUACAUGGCUGAUUGUAAUACGAAGCAUUUGCACGUGACGAACAACGGCAACGCAAACGUGGAGUAUUACCCGAGAAUAAACGAUGUGUCAAACGCGGGUAGGGUGUACAUCUUUGGUGCGUGCUUCAACUCGCGCGAUCAGAACACGUGCGCGGUGCCGUCGGAUACGCAUCCGGCGGGGUGUAAAGACGCCACGGCAGGUUCGCAAACGAACACGAACACGGCGACGACGACUGGAAACACGCGAAAAGGCAACGCGGCUGAGCAAUCGACGGUGUCAACCGCUACCGAUAUUGAAGACGAAACGUUAACGAAUACGGAUGAAACCGGAGAUGCGUCGGCGGCGGCGGCGACGACGACCUCUAUCGCUUCGCAAUACACGCCAAUCACCAACGCGAACAUCCACGAAGCCGUGACUGAAUGCCUGGGUUACGAACCGCUCGCCGGUGAAUGUCCGCAGAGUCAAUAUGGCGUCAUGUCCGAUUGGGAUGUCUCUCGCGUGACGAACAUGGACCAAUUAUUCUACGACCCGCCACGCGUUGGCGGCGAUAAGAUGAAAUCGUUCGACGGUAUGCUCGGCGAUUGGGACGUGAGUUCCGUCACUUCGUUCGAGAAGAUGUUUAAAAACGCUAACGCGUUUAAAGGCACGAACUUGUACAACUGGGACGUCUCGUCGGCGACGAACAUGCACGGUAUGUUUGAACAUGCGGAAAGUUUUGUCGCGAGAAUUUCCGGGUGGAACGUCGGAAACGUCAAAACUAUGGCCACCAUGUUCCAAAACGCUUUGAGCUUCAACCAACCGCUGAAGGAUUGGGACGUUUCCUCCUGCAAAGAUUUCGCGCGGAUGUUUUCCGGCGUUUUCGAAAGCGGUUUCGCGCAAGACAUCUCUACGUGGAACACCAGAAACGACGCCAACAUGAACAAUAUCUUUUUCCACAACGAUGCGUACGCGGCGAAAUUUACGUGCGCGAACGCCGAUAGUGGGCCACCGAGUUCGUGCAAAGCAAAAUCGGUCUCAGAAAUGAUCGCCGCGGCGAUGGGUACGGACGAAGAGGACGGGAGAAAGUUCUCAAAAAAGCACUCUUCUUCGUCUAAACGCGGCACCACCAGUAGUAGUCAUAGCAGUAAGAAAGCGUCAUCAAAGUCGAAGAAAGGUAACGACGUCGAGUUCGUUCCGCAAGUCCAUUCCACCGCGGAUUCCGAGGCGGAGGAUAUGGUGAUGGAAGCGACUGAAGUCGCUCGAGGGGGGAAAUCUUUGUUCAACAAGUUCGGCUCGUUCUUCGGAAGUACCGGCGGUAAAAAAUCUGAAGAAAAAGACGACGAGUUGACGUACGCGGAUUACAACUCCGAAGAUUUAUACGGCGCGACUUCGCAAGAAUCCGAGGGUUUUGAUGCCACCUCCGAGGAAGCCGGAGGAGGAGAUCAAAACGUCCUCGACGGCGUCGUCGCGCGCGAAGAAGAAGAAACGAAAGAAGAGGAAGGUCAACUCGGCUCGGACGAGAACGAGGAAGAGGAAGAAGAAAACCUCGACGAGUGGGGAGAACCGCUGAACAAAUACGCCUCCGACCCUGUGAAGCCUAGAAUCAUCCGCCAAACCGGUCACGUGGACUUGUUCGGAACUUUAUCUUCUUCUUCUUCGGAGAAGAAGAAGACGAAGAAAGCGCUACACAAGCACUAA